AUGAAGUUCUUCUCACCAACCCUCCUCCUGCUCUGGGCAGUCACUCUCGUGUCCGCCGCGCCGCCAGCACCAGCCCUGACAUCAGUCUCGGCACCAGCCCCGGCACCCAAGCCGGCACCCACGCCGGCGACCACGGCAUCACCCGAGCCAUCUCCCAAGCCAUCACCCAAGCCGUCUCCCAAGUCAUCGCCCAAGCCAGCACCGGUCCCGGCACCCACUCCCGCUCGCAACCCAGAGUCGCGCUGCGGAGGAAGGCCGAGGAUGUGGGAAUUCGUAUGGAUAGGCUACCAAUACGGUGUGAAUGCCCGCUUCAUACCCGAGAACACCGACAUCACCGAGAUCUGCCACAAACUCUGGGCGGGAGUGCAGCGCUAUGGACUCCCGUGCGCUGCUUGGUCGCACAAGGAAUACCCGCACUUCUGCGGCCAGCACCCCAACGUGAAGGAGCCGCAUCUCUUGUGGAAAUUCGAGGCCAGUAAGCUAUGCAACCACAAAAUGGUCGAGGCCGCCUGGUGGGAGGCCACGCAUAACGAGUUCGGUGCUGUUGAUUGCAAACCAAUUUAA